UUCCCGAAGUGCGCAUGAACGAGACGCUCUCGAGAGGAGCGAAGUGAGUGCGGACCCUCUUGUAGUGCGGUUCUCAUUGCCCGCGAGGGCGUGAGCCACGAACGAGGGGCGCGUGUGUGUGUGUGUGAGAAGGCACUUCGGAAGAUGGGGCAGAAGAAAAGCAAGCCUUCUGACUCCGUGAGGGGCCCCAAGGUGAGGUUACCCGACAUACCGCCAGACAGCCCUCUAGGAUUAAUCAUUGCCCAUUGGGAUGACUGGCCGCCCAGACAAGGCAAAAGUAGAGAAAAAAUGAUAUAUUAUUGUAUGCAGGUGUGGGGUGGUAAACAAAUCAAAGGAGAUGGGGUAUUUUGGCCUGUUUUUGGGUCAUUUGAGGAUUGGAUAUGCCAGGCCCUAAACAUAUAUGUAAAUACUAAGGAACCCUUCAGUUUAGAAGAGAGUGAAUAUGCUAGUUUAUGGAUAAGAUUAGAUACCCGAGUCCACGUGUUUACUCUAAGUGAAAAGAACCAUAGGAAAAAAACUAAAAACCCCGAAGAACUUCCCGCACCUCCUCCCCCUUAUGUUCCCCCUACACCCGCGCCUGACCCAACCCCCCCUCCCUCCUCUCCCCCGACAGCCCCAGACCCAGACUUAGGCUCUCCUAGUUCCCCUGAAGAGACUCGGAGAAUAAUGAGGAGUCAGACUAGGAGGAAAGAGCAGUUAGAGGAAAGACUAUACCCCUUAAGAGAAAUAGCUAUGGGAGGACCACAACCUGGCAUGGGAUUUGUGCCAGUACCUUUGAACUCCGGAGAUAUAAGGGAAUUUAAGAAGGAGAUGGGGAACCUUUUAGAAGACCCUUUGGGAGUAUCCGAGAGGUUAGACCAGUUUUUGGGUCCUAAUGUAUAUACCUGGGAAGAGUUGCAGGCAAUUUUAGGCAUACUAUUCACAGUAGAAGAAAGGGAAAUGAUUCAAAGAGCAGGAAUGAGAGUCUGGGAUCAGCAGCACCAACACGGACCAGGCACAGAUAUUAAAUGGCCAUUACAGCGGCCGAACUGGGAUAACCAGAACGCAGAACAUAGAACUCAUAUGGCGGAUCUGCGUACUAUAAUUGUUCAAGGCAUUAAGAAAUCUGUUCCCCGAGGACAGAAUAUUAACAAAGCAUUUAGUGAACACCAAAAGAAAGAUGAGACCCCCACUGAAUGUUUAAAGAAGAUUAGGGGGGUCAGGGGCUCUAUUUGCUGGGGACCCCUAAGAAAACAGAGCCCUUGAUAAAAUUAAAAUUAGGUCCCCAGCAUCAAGAAGUUGAGUUCCUUGUGGACUCUGGGGCAGAAAGAUCUACUGUCCAGUCAGUGCCCCGAGGAUGCUCACUAUCCUCAAAAAAAUUGCAAGUAAUAGGAGCAAAAGGGGAACCGUUUCAAGUACCAAUAAUAAAAGGAGUGGAAAUAGAAACUCCAUCUCAAUUUGGAAUAGGAUCCUUUUUGUUGGUACCUGAAGCAGAAUACAAUUUAUUAGGAAGAGAUCUAAUGAUUGAAUUAGGG